AUGCAAUAAAUCGAUUCAGAAACUAUUAAAUGUCCUAAUUCAGAACAUGCCAAUGAUGUCAAAUUGAUAUGUUUUAAUGAGUCCUGUAGAGUUAAUAGAUUCUAUUGUAUUUAAUGUUUGAGAGAAGGAUGUCAUGUUUCUCAUCCCUAAAAUUAAUAAGAGUUACCAAUGUUAUUUGAAUUCAUUGAAAAAAUUGAAAAAGAAUGUAAUGAUUUAAUUAUGAGUUUGUAUAAAAAAAUGGAUUUGGCAUAUUAGUAAUUCCAUUUAUUGAUUGAUGGGCUUAGAUCUAAAUAUUAGAAAUCUAAAUAACAAUUUCUUAAUUUAAAUUCAAAAUAGAUGAAUUCCUUUUUUGCAGAAACUAUCCAAUUCAAAUCAAUUUAAUAAGCAAUUGAUAACUAAAUCUAAUAAUCAAUCAAAGAAUUCUAAAAUUAAUUGCAAAAGGUUACAUCUGGAUUAUAAUUAGCUGAAUUAAAUUAUUAUUCAAUAUCUAAUUCAUAUAUUCAAAUGUCACAAGAAUUAUAUGAAAAAGGUAAUCAAUCAAUUAAUUAGGCUAUCAAUUAUAUUAAAAUGAUAAGAAAUUUGAAGAGGCGAUUGAACUUUUUGAUCAAGCAUUAAUUUUUAAUUCAACACAAUAAUUCUCAUCCUUUUAUUUUUGUAAAGGUAUAAUUCCUAUUAAUUUGUUAGCUGAUAGUUUAAGGAUGCUUAGUUAAUAUAAUGAUGCAAUCAUUUGGGCAGAUAAGGCGUUGGAAGUCGAUCCAAAGCAUCGUAAUUCAUUAUUUUGUAAAGGUAUAAAUAUUAUUAAAAUUGUUAGCUGAGAGUUUAAGGAUGCUUGGUUAAUAUAAUGAAGCAAUCAUUUGGGCAGAUAAGGCGAUGGAAGUCGAUCCAAAGUAUUGUAAUUCAUUAUCUUGUAAAGGUAUAAAUAUUAUUAAAAAUGUUAGCUGAGAGUUUAAUGAUGCUUAGUUAAUAUAAUGAAGCAAUCAUUUGGGCGGAUAAGGCGUUGGAAGUCGAUCCAAAGCAUUGUAGUUCAUUAUUUUGUAAAGGUAUAAAUAUUAUUAAAAUUGUUAGCUGAGAGUUUAAGGAUGCUUAGUUAAUAUAAUGAAGCAAUCAUUUGGGCAGAUAAGGCGUUGGAAGUCGAUCCAAAGCAUCGUAAUUCUUUAUUUUGUAAAGGUAUAAAUAUUAUUAAAAAUGUUAGCUGAGAGUUUAAGGAUGCUUAGUUAAUAUAAUGAAGCAAUCAUUUGGGCAGAUAAGGCGUUGGAAGUCGAUUCAAAGCAUUGUAGUUCAUUAUUUUGUAAAGGUAAUAAGAAUGUUUUAAUUUGAAGGCACCGCAUUAACAAAAUUAAAAAUGUUUAAGGAAGCUAUGUAGGUGAUUGACUCAUCUUUAUCAAUUAAUCCAAAUUAUUUUGAUUCAUUAAGUGCAAAAGGUUGAUGUAUUUUACUAUCAAUAGGUUUUUGUUUACAAUAGCAGGAUAAAUUUGAAGAAGCCAUAAUAUUUUAUGAAAAAGCUAUAAAGAUCAUUCCAAAUAAUACAUGGGUUAAAAACAACAGAGCUAAUAAAUUUUGAGAAUGUUAGAUGAAUGUUUGCAG